AUGGCGGACGCAAACGGACGGAAGAGAAAGCGCGACCUCGACGGCUCGUCCAAGUCUAAGAAGAAGUUGGCUACUGAGCCCUCAACAGUCUCCGUCUCGUCGGUCCUGAGACCCCAACUCUGCCCCCCAGUCCUAGCCUCUGCACCCGGAGUCCGGCUACCCAAUAGCAUCCCCUUCAACCCGUACGUCAAGCAAGAUGCCUUGUCCGGCAAGCGGCGGCAGAAAGCCCCUGCGGUAUCGCAGGACCUCGUCCUGCACUCAUCCAGCCACCAGACGAUGGACUACACGGCGAGAGAAGAUGGCAUCAGCGACAGCCAGCAGGCCUUGAAGCAUUACGUGGGCAUCUUUGACCCCAAGACGGGAACGCUCCAAGUGGUAGAGGCGAAGAAGAUGGUGGUUCGUGGUGUGGCCAGAGCGAAGCAUGCGCCGGAGGGGGCCAUGAGAGCACCGGCCGACAACCAGAGCUACUACGACCUCAAAAAGGAUCUCGGCCAGACGUUUGGUACGAAGAAGGCGAAAAAAGCCAUCGAGUCCGUCGCCCUCAACGCCAUCGACCCCAACAAGACCAGAGACAGCGCACCGAAAGAGCUCGAUACCGCAUCCAAGGCCAUUCUGCGGGAAAUCGGGGGCGUCACGGCGACAAUGGCCUCGCGCGAUCAGCUGCAGGCGGCCGUCGACGAGGCCAAGCCCGUGCCCAGGCCCAACCUCGAGGCCGAAGCCAUUCAGGAUGUCUACGAUCCCGACGAGUUUAUCGGCCGCGAGAUCCUCGCGGCGGUGCCUGUCAAAGACUGGAUCGAUCCGGCGAAGAACGGCGAGGAAAUCUUGUGCUACUCGCGGCACGUGGCCUCGCGGGUCAAGAAGGUGGCCGACUCGGGCAGCGUCGCCAAGAUGCGGCUGCUGCGUUACUUUUACUUCCUUUUCACCUUCUACAUCAUGGCGGCGCCGGGCAAGCAGCGUGGCACGAAGCGCGUGCCGCCUCGCGACAAGCUUAAGGAGCGCAUGUCGCCGGCGCCGCAGGUCGUCAUCGAGCAGAUCCGCCGCAAGUUCUCGGACGGCGGCGAGAUGCGCAAGUUCCACCUCGACCUGCUCGUGACGCACUGCUGCGCGAUCGCGUGCAUCAUCGACAACUUCGAGGUCGACACGUCCCAGUUGCGCGAGGACCUGCGGCUCGACCAGAAGGACAUAAACAACUAUUUCUACGAGAUCGGCGCAAAGGUGAAGCAGGUCGCCACCAAGGAGAAGGGCAGGCCCGCGCACGUCGCCAAGCUCGCGCUUCCGCUCAACUUCCCCAAGCUUCGAUCAGUCGCACCGAAACGCCGUUAG